AUGGCGGAGCUGUACGUGAAGCCGGGGAACAAAGAUAGAGGCUGGAAUGACCCUCCACAAUUCUCUUAUGGGUUGCAGACCCAGGCUAGCAGUAAUAAGAGGACACCACUCACCAAGCGGGUAGCAGCUCCCCAGGAUGGUUCUCCAAAAGUGCCUGCUUCAGAGCCUUUUACUGGGGCUCCUCCAGUGGGACCACCACCUCUUCUGAUCAAGGCUCCAGGGCCCCCUCCUGGGGGGAGCUCUUCUCCCGUGAGGUUGGAACCUUCCAGCUCCCUAGUCACUUGUGAAACCAUGCUGGAAGAUGUGUUGGGACCCUUGGAACAGACUUUGGAGGAGUGCCGGGCUCAUACACAGGUCUUUGAUGACAUCAGCCGGCGCUUAGCUUUGCUUCAGGGACAGUGGAAGAGUGAGAAGCUGUCAGUUCCUGUGAGGAAGAGGAUGGCACUGCUGGUACAAGAGCUCAGGAGCCACAACUGGGAUGGAGCUGAUGACAUACAUCGAUCACUGAUGGUGGAUCAUGUGACUGAGGUCAGUCAGUGGAUGGUGGGAGUGAAAAGGUUAAUUGCAGAAAGGAGGAGUCUGCCUUCAGGGGAAGCCGAUAAGGAGAAGCCUACUACAACAGAGGAGAAUGAGGAGGUCUCAGGCCUCUCUACAACUCUGUGA